CGGCUAAAUGCACACUCUACCGUGGGCGACAGCAACAAUGCAAGCUGUCAACAUGUCGACUUCUAGUAUCGGGUCUUCGAUUCAUGACAGAAAGUUACAAGCACCAUUUUACAACGUGAGCCUCCACCAGCAUUCACUUUCACGAUGGCUUGCCUUGCCCUGACAACUUUCCUCACGUCCGCUCUCACCCUCUCCCACUUUACCACAGGUACAAGAGCCACAUCAGAACUGCCAGAUGACGAUGAGCUAUGCGGCCGCGGUCUCCCAACCACCCCCUUCAACCGCACUGUCCUGACCACCAUCGGACCCUACUCCUACGACCCAGCAGCCUGGAGCCCCUGGACACAUAGGCCCUACUGCCUCGAGGCUAACGAAGAGCCAUGGUGUGUCUACACCAACGCUGCCUCUCCAAAAGGCCACGGCAUCAGCAUCAUCACCACCCCUGAGAUUGCCGGAACUACCUUGAACAUUCUCGAGCACCCCUUUGACCAGAAAUUCUUCGCCCCCGAGAAGAUCUACCUGCCAAGACCAUACAAGGUUGUUGACAUUCCUGGCAAAGGAAAGGGAGUGAUUGCCACGCAAAAGAUUGAGAAGGGGAAGGCUAUUCUGGUGGAUCAUGCGUCGCUUGUUGCAGCGGUCGAGUAUCCUGCUGAUGUGAUGAGGGAGGAAGUGCAGGACUUGUUGGAGACGGCGGUGCACCGGUUGGGGAAGCCAGAAAAGGUGCUGGGACUGUCGAAGAAGGGGAGGGGUGACGAGGCAACCGAGAUUGAGGAUUUGUUGUUGACGAACAGCUUUACGGUGUCGAUUCAGGGGAAGGAGUUUAUGGCUUUGUUUGCGGAUCUGUCGAGGUUUAACCACGAUUGCAAGCCAAAUGCUUUCAUCUACUUCUCCGAGACAACCCUGGCCAUGACCGUCUGGGCCUCAAGAGACAUUGAACCUGGGGAGGAAAUCUCCAUUACAUAUUCCACCGCCGGUCUUCUGUCCAAAGAAAGACAACAAGCCCUCGAAAAUAUCUGGGGUUUCAAAUGCUCAUGCGCCCUCUGCACCUCGCCCCCCGAAGUUCUCAAAAAGUCUGAUAACAACCGCGCCCAAAUCCGCUCCUACCAAGCCUCCAUCCCCCAACUCGCCCAAGAAGAAAAAUUUGAAGAAGCGCUCCAGCAAGCGGAGCACAUGUUCCAGCUCGUCGAGGAGGAGGGUCUCACCGAUCAGAUGUCUGACAUGUAUGAGUAUCCAGCCAGGAUGUACUACCACGUUGGCAACCUGGACAAGGCGUUGGAGUAUACUCUUAAAGUGAAGAGGGAGAUUGAUGGGUUUGGGGUGCCGGGGAAGUUUGGGCAGGAGAAGCUGCAGGCGAUGGAGGGGAUCAUCAGGCGGUUGGAGAUGGAGAUCAAGAUCAAGAGGGAGAGAGAAGAGCAGUUUGGGAAACAGGCGAAGUUGAGGGGGAAGGCGAGGAGGGUUGUGAUGGGGAUGCCUUGAUACCUCAGUGUAGGUUCAUCUUGGUGGUAAUGCCUUUUUUGGUUCUGCUCAUAUCUUUCCAUACCUUACAUGACGAUCUGGUUUUGAUACCGUUCUUGACUCGCAGUCGUAUCCAAAAAGAGGCAAUGGCAUUCAUGCUGAAAGAUUGCAACUUACCAUUUUAGCGACCCUAUAAGUCGAUGUUAAAUGGUCGUAUAUAUGCUGUGUCACCAUGGUAA